AUGCUGCUAAGGAAAACGAGUGUCCUUCUCUUGAUCUUCUUUGCCACACUGAUUUUCGCUCAGUCAAUUGACGAGGAAGAACGUGUGCACGUCGGAGAAGGAAGUGCCAAUGGUAUCACUGACGACGAAGACAGCGACUUGGAGGGCUCCUCACUGCCACCAGACACUUACUAUGCCACCACUCCACAAUUGCGGCAGAAAUUCCCUUCAAGCACCGCUAGAAUGGACACCACUACUACUAAGAUUAUCACAUUCACCAAAGCCGCCGACGAUAUUGUGACCUCAUCUAGAAGUGUUAUCGAGGUGACCACCUCGUCGGAUUCUCGCCCAUCUGUCCCAUUCUCGGAGAGCUCGUUCUUCGGAAUGAGAACCGCCUUGAUUAUUCUUGGAUCCAUUACGGUUUUGCUUUUGAUUUUGAUCUCGGCAAUUAUUUUCUACAAGUGGCCAAUAGUGAACAAAAAGCAAGCCUACCGACCAGGACAACGAGAAAGUCCAGACGCUCUUCUCAAAGACUAA